GGGAAGAAUGUCACGUCUGUCUCUCUUUCAGGCUCUCCAGAAACAAGAAUCUAAUUUGCUCUACGAGAGAAAAGAGGGUCAGAGACCAGAAAACAGAAGCAAGAACCGCUACAAGAAUAUCCUUCCAUUUGAUCACACGAGGGUCGUGUUACGGGGGAGAGAUCCGAAUAUUCCCGGAAGUGAUUAUAUCAACGCCAACUACGUGUCGAACCUUCUCUGGGGAGACGAGGAACCCCUCAAACAUUUCAUCGCUUGUCAGGGGUGCCUGGGGGCCACCACAGGAGACUUCUGGGAGAUGAUGUGGCAGGAGAACAGCCGGAUCAUCGUGAUGACCACCAAGGAGAUGGAGAAGGGGCGGGUGAGGCCGUCCUCCCACAUUCCCUCCUCUACCACUUU